GCGGACUGGUGCCAGUGAUCUAUCCCUUCCCCUCUCCCCUUCGCCGCCUCCCAAUGGCAUCCAAUGGCAUCCUCCAAGUUCCUCAACUCAGUCAUGCGGCGAGUGACAGCACUCUUGCUGCACAUAAUGAGAAACUCCAGGACGAUAUAAAGACGUCAGAGCCCGAAGGCGAUUACCCUCAGGGCAAAUGGCGUGCAUGGAGUACAGUGCUCGGUGCAUGGCUGAUCCAGUUUUGCACCGUCGGUACGACGACUUCCUUCGGCGUCUUCCAAGACUAUUAUCGUACUACGUACUUGAAGGGCUACAGUUCGUCGACCAUAAGCUGGAUCGGAGGUGUUCAAAUCUUUCUUGAGCUUGCGUCAGGACCCAUCGGCGGUAAACUAUUUGAUGCAGGUCACACUCGAUUGGCGUCCAUCGUGGGGUCUACGCUCUUUGUAUUCAGCUUUUUCAUGUUGUCUUUGGUACAACCCGGGCAGUUUUAUCAGGUGUUCCUAUCUCAAGGCGUUGGGAUGGGCUUAGGCCUCGGAAUAUUAUAUGUACCUACCUCCGCUGUUGUCUCCCAUCAUUUCAAGACGAACAGAGCGCUGGCGAUGGGAAUUGUGGACUCGAGUGCUUCACUGGGAGGUAUCGCUUUCUCAAUCAUGCAGAAUGAGCUCAUACACGGCUCUGUCGGGUUUGUUUGGGGAGUGCGAGCUUCGGCCUUCGUCUGCCUGGCUGUCAUCAUUAUCGCAAACUGCCUCAUCUUUGUGCCGCCCAGCGUCCACGCCUCGCGCGCGCCUGGACAGCUGCUAGACACUCCUUACCUCCUUACGAUCAUGUGGGGGUUCUUUUCUUUUCUGGGGAUGUACUUCCCCUCGUUCUACGUGCAGCUCUUCGCUCGGACGCACGGUAUCUCGACCAAGUUUGCAUUCUACUCUCUGGCCAUCCUGAACCUCGCGAGCAUGUUCGGGCGCGUGCUGCCCAACUAUGUGGCGGACAGAUUUGGAACGAUGCCGGUGUUUCUGCCCUCCGUCACGUUGGCAGGCCUUGUCCAGUUCGCGAUGCUCGGAUCUUCCAGCAUCGUCGGUCUCACAUUCUUCGUCAUCUUUUACGGAUUCUUCUUUGGGACAGCCAUGGCUCUCUACCUCCCGCUCAUCGCCGAGUUUACGCCCGUCGGUGCUAACAUGGGAAAACGCAUGGGGAUCGGCUGUGUCCCCAUGGGCAUCGCUUCGCUCGUCGGGCCACCCAUCGCCGGAGCCAUCAUGGGUAAGAACACCAUCUGGUGGAAGGGAAUUGUGUUUUCCGCAGUCACAACAUCCGGCUCGUCCAUUCUACUUGUCGCUGCAUGGUUCAUCCAUCACAAUAGGGCGAAGCACGCCAACGAGAAAAUUAUCACGUCUGGCGAGACGCUAUGAGCGCACCUUUGUGACGAUCUGAAAGUUUUGCACUGUGUUGAUAUCGCUCACUCUAGAGGCUUGCUUUGUCUGUCCAGUACGUCCGCUGUUUCGCUCAUUGUCAUCAGGGUUUCCACAUUCCUUCACUCUCAAUCCGGUAGAUAGAAAUGCAUAUACAUUCGAUAUAGUCUAUAGUUUUCGUGGCCUUACAUACCAUACUGAGCCCAGUCCUUAUGUAGUCUUUAUUUGUUAUCUGUACGACUGUGUAGAGACUGUUUCGCAGUAUACUGACGCUUGCAGUCGCGAUGGGCUUCUUUCUCAAUUUCUCAAGGGAUGUUGAGUUUGCAGGUCUGAUG